AUGAGUAAUUCUAAUUCUAGUUCAAUAGAGAACUAUGAAUAAUAAAUAAAAAAUAGUAAUAAUGAAAAAAAGGACAAAAAAUAAAAUAAAAAUAAUUAAAAAUAACAAUCUUAAAUAAGGAUUUCUUCUAAAACAUAGGAUAGAGUAGAAUCUGCAAAAUAAUACAUAGAAAAAAAAUAUUCAUAAGCCUUAAUAAAAGAAAAAGAAUUUAAAGAAUUAUGGUAAUUAUUAUAGAAAAAAUUAUCAAGUUAUAAUAUAGAGGAGAAGUAAAAAAAAGAAAUCGAGAAAAAAAUAUUCGAAGAAGAAUUUAAAUAUGAAAGAAAAAAAAGAUAGAAAAUUUCUUGUCAAGAUUAUGAGCCUUUAUAAAUUAUUGGAAGAGGAGCUUUUGGGGAGGUCAGAAUUUGUAAAGAUAAAAAAAAUAAUAGAAUUGUCGCAAUUAAAAAAAUGAUUAAAAAAGAAAUGCUUGUCAAAAAUUAAAUUAAUCAUAUUAUGGCUGAAAAAAAUGUUUUAUCGACUAUUGGAAAUCCAUGGAUUGUAGAUUUAUAUGCAUCUUUUUAAGAUAAUAAGUUUCUAUAUUUAGUUAUGGAAUUUUUAUAAGGAGGAGAUUUAAUGAAUAUUCUUAUGAAAAAAGAUAUCUUAACGGAAUAAGAAUGCUAAUUUUAUGCUAGUGAAAUACUUUUAUCUAUAGAGUCUGUUCAUAAAAUGAAUUAUAUACAUAGAGAUUUAAAACCUGAUAAUAUUUUAAUAGAUAAAAAUGGACAUAUUAAGUUAACUGAUUUUGGUUUAUGUAAAUAUAUGGUAAAUUAUUAAUAUAUUUUAAAAUAAAAAAGUACCCCUGAUUAUAUUGCUCCUGAGAUUCUUCGUUAAAAAGGAUAUACAGAGUUAGUUGAUUGGUGGAGUUUUGGAAUAAUUUUAUAUGAAAUGAUGAUUGGCUAUCCUCCUUUUUUUCUCAAGACCCAUCUGCUACAUGUUAAAAAAUAAUGA